AAUUAACCACUCUCUUUUACGAGCAGCUGAUUAACUCUUGUCUUCCUCACUAAUCUCCCUUUAUCCAUGCUGUGGUUGCCAGCCUUUUUCUGAGUCCAAGAAUUUAACAGUGGAUUAGUUAUAUGAGAAAAUGGAAUUAAACCCAGUCUUGUUACCCCAUCGAAGCUCAAGAGGUGGUUUCUUCUUGAUUUUAAUCUUCUCUCUCGUCUGUUUACUUGGUGAUAAUGCAGAUGGAUACGACCCUCUGGAUCCCAAUGGGAACAUAACCGUCAAAUGGGACAUCAUUCAAGAAAACGACGAUACCCAAGUCGUGGUAGUAUCGCUGCUAAACUACCAACUGUUCCGCCACAUUGAUUAUCCUGGUUGGAAGCUAAGCUGGAGUUGGGCAAGCGAUGAGGUGAUCUGGGAAAUGUGGGGAGCCGAGGCUACAGAGCAGGGAAACUGCUCUGCAUUUAAGUCAGGGAACCGCCCACAUUGUUGCGAGAAGGCGCCUGUUAUCAUUGACCUUCUCCCGGGAGCCCGUUAUAACAAGCAGUUCUUGAAUUGUUGUAAGAGGGGUGUCCUUUCUUCAAUGACUCAAGAUCAUGAAAGAUAUGGAUCUUCCUUUCAGAUGACCGUUGGUCGCGGAGCUUCUAAUAAAGCUGGCUCGAUGCCGGGAAAUUUCUCUCUUGGGAUCCCUGGCUACACGUGCGGAGAACCGUUUGAGGUGCCACCUAGCAAGUUUGUUGAGGAUGAAGGCCGGAGAAGGACACAAGCUGUUGGAACAUGGAACAUAACAUGCUCUUACUCCCAGUUUAGGGCUCAAUCCUCUCCAACCUGCUGUGUUUCUUUGUCAGCAUUCUACAACAAAACCAUUGUUUCCUGCCCAACAUGUUCUUGUGGCUGUCAAGGACUGCCCAGAUCAGCGCAAUGCUUGAAAGAUGGGGAACUGCCACCGGUCUUCCAGUUGGAGCAUGAUGAGGCACUGGAACCAGUGGUUAGGUGCACCCAACACAUGUGCCCAAUAAGGGUGCACUGGCAUGUGAAGCAAAGCUACACAAAAUACUGGAGAGUGAAGAUCACAAUCACUAAUUACAAUUUUGUGAGGAACUUUAGCGGCUGGAAUUUGGUGGUUCUUCAUCCAAACAUGAGAAACAUUACACAAGUUUUCAGCUUCAACUACAGUCCACUCAAUCAGUAUGGCGAUAUAAAUGACACUGGAAUGUUUUAUGGAAUUAAGUAUUACAAUGAUAUGUUGCUUCAAGCGGGAGAGAGUGGUAACGUGCAAACAGAGUUGUUACUGAAUAAAGAUCCAGCGAUGUUCACUUUUAGGGAAGGGUGGGCUUUUCCCAGAAAGGUUACGUUUAACGGCGAAGAAUGUGUAUUGCCACAACCUGAUGAUUAUCCACGACUACCCAAUUCUGCUGCACUGCCUCAUUCCUUCCUGCUGCGAUUGCAGCUGUUGUUAUUUCUACUUAUUAUUGUUUAGAAGUUAGAACUUAUACAUUUCUACAUUCAAACAUUCAUUAGAUUCUUUUUUUCAUGGUAUUUUAUGAUGAUAAUAUAGGGGAGCAAGUUAACUCAAAGUUGUACUACUAAACAUGUUGUUAUAAUUAUGAACUAUAAUGAUUGUGAAGUGCAUAGUUUAUGUUCUAC